CCUGAAUCCAGCAAUGCUUUUUUUACUUGGAGACACAGAGCCAAAAGUAUCGACACCAAGAGAAAAGUUUUGAAAGCAAUUGAAAAUCGUCGGCAGAAAUUUCGUUUAAAAGAAUGCAUCAUUUCCGUGUGAUGUAGAUAUUCAGUUGAUAGAUACAACAAAGUUAACGGAGUAAAGAAUGGCGGAAAAAGAAAUAGAAGAAUUGCAAGGAGCUUUCGGCAAAUAUAGAAAAAUUAGUCUAAGCAAUAUACAACCGAAAGCUAAAGAAACGAGCAAAGAAAAGAAAUCAACGACAGUCAAGCUGAGAAAAGAACAAAAUUCGCUCACGACAUCAAAGCAAGACACGAACCACCGUAGCGCACCCCAACUGUUGAAACUGUUUAACGAAAAAUCAAUUGGCGGAGAAAACACGCACCGUAGCCCGGGCAGACGACAGAGACCAAAAUCUUUAUUUUUUGGUAAUCAAGGAACUUCUAUCAUGCGUCGACCAAGACCUGCAAGUAUCCCAUCAUACACGCUUGCUGAUGUCCUCGAUAAUAAAAAAUUGCGGAUGUCUUUUAAAAACUUCCUGGAGUCCGAAUUUAGCUCUGAAAACCUCGAAUUCUGGUGCUCUUGCGAGCAAUACCGAAAAGUGAAACGAACUGCACAGCGAGGCCAGGACGCGGAGACAAUUUACCAAACCUUUGUGUCUCCUAUGUCAGAAAAUCAGGUGAACAUAGACCACGUCACAAGAAGACAGAUCACACUUGCUCUCACCAGUGGUGACCCACUUCCAUGUAAUGUGUUCGACAACGCUCAAAGAUAUAUUUACUCCAUCAUGGAAAACGACUCGUUUCCCCGCUUCAUACUUUCAAGCUAUUUUAAAGAAGCAUCGAAAAAGAAAAGCUCGCUGGAACUGUUGUUCGGGAAUUUGUUACCAAACAAAACCCCUAGCCCUCGUACCUCAUCGAAGAACUCUGAAAAUGACAACUCGAACAAUGGCUACGUCUUGCGAUUGCAAAACCCUACCAAAUAUACGUGAUUCGACCUGAACAGUUGUUGUCGACCUUGACACAUACUCAAGCGGCGGAUUUGACGCGCGACUCCAUCCAAGAGUUAUGGCGGCCUUGGUGCAGAGAAGCUCACCACUGGCCGAAUCAAAACAAACAUUCCGUUUGUUCGCUGGAGCACAUUCGAUAAAAACUUUGCACAACACUCGCAAUUGUGCACAUCCAACUUCAUAGAAGACACUCGUGCUUUACUUACAAUCCAACACAGUUCCAGCUUUAGCAUUCGCAUUUUUAUAUACACUUUCCGACGAACCCAACGUCCAGUGCUACAUCCUUCUUUUCCAUUUCGAUUUUUGCUUAUUUUAAGAAACAGCGUCAACGUUGAUUUUACUGUUACCUAUUUAAAACUGCACAAUCUUCAAAUACAUAGCACCACGAAAUGGUUGCACGA